AUGGUGGGUUGUAGACCUGCAGCUACUCUAAUUGAGCAGAAUCAUCGUCUUAUGGCUGACGGUGGUACUCCAGUUGAUCGAGAAAGGUAUCGACGCUUAGUAGGACGAUUGAUUUAUCUUUCUCAUACUCAUCCUGAUAUCACUUUUGCUGUUAGUGUUGUAAGCCAGUAUACGCAUGAUCCUCGUAAAAGACAUCAGGAAGCUGUCUAUCGAAUUAUACGAUAUCUUAAAGGAUGUCCUGGAUGUAGACUUAUAUUUUCUCAUCAUGGACACCUUAAGAUUGAGGGAUAUACUGCUGCUGACUGGGCUGGAGCAUUGGAUGAUAAAAAGUCUACAUCAGAUUAUUGUACUUUCUUGGGUGGUAAUCUUGUGACAUGGCGCAGUAAGAAGCAGAAUGUGGUCACUCGUUCCAGUGUUGAGGCUGCAUAUCGGGCCUUAGCUCAAGGGGUCUGUGAAGUCAUAUGGUUAAAGUAA